AUGGCUCUCCCUCAGACCUACAAACAGGCUGUUUUCAAAUCCCUCGGUGCCCCGCUGGUCAUCGAGGAGGUCCCGAUGACGCCUCCCGGUCCUAAUGAGAUCCUCGUCAAGGUGGAGGCCUGCGGUGUGUGCUAUUCGGAUAUGUUUGCGCAGAACAAUAUCAUGGGCGCAGGAUUUCCACUCGUCCCCGGCCACGAGAUCGUCGGUCACGUCGCUGCUGUCGGAGGGAACGUGUCUGGGUGGAAGGCUGGCGAUCGCAUCGGUGGUGCAUGGCACGGUGGUCAUGACGGCACUUGCAAGGCCUGUCGCAAAGGAUUCUUCCAAAUGUGCGACCAGGCACAAGUGAACGGCGAGACGAAGAACGGUGGCUACGCCGAAUACUGCCUCAUCAACGCCGAAGCCGCCGUCCACGUCCCCGCACACCUCCCGGCCGCCCAAUACGCCCCCAUCCUCUGCGCCGGCGUCUCGGUCUUCAACUCCAUCCGCCACAUGAACGUCCCCGUCGGCGAGACGAUUGCCAUCCAAGGCCUCGGCGGUCUCGGCCACCUGGCCAUCCAGUACGCCAGCAAGCUCGGGUACCGGGUGGUUGCGAUCUCGCGAGACGGCAGCAAGGAGCAGUUUGCGCGCGACCUGGGCGCCCACGAGUACAUUGACUCGAGCAAGGAGGACGCGGGCGAUGCACUGAAGAGGCUGGGUGGUGCGUCGUUGGCUGUCACGACGGCGCCGACGGCGGAAGUGAUGAGUGGGUUGUUGAAGGGGUUGGGGAUUUUGGGGAAGUUGUUGAUUCUGUCUGUUCCUGGCGAAGUCUCCAUCGACACAGCCGUCAUGCUGAAAUACGGCCUCUCGGUCCAGAUCUGGCCCGCCGGCCACUCCAACGACACCGAGGAAGCCCUGGCAUUCACGGAACUGCACAAGAUAAACUGCAUGGUGGAGGAGUUCCCUCUGGAACGGGUGAAUGACGCAUACCAGGCGAUGCUGAACGGAACGGUUCGAUUCCGAUCUGUUGUCACGAUGGUGUAG